CCGGGGCUGAGCGGGAGCAGCCGCCGGGAACGGGCUGGGAACAAACCGGGAGCGGGCUGGGAACGGGCCGGGAGCCGUCAGGGAGAAGAAAGAUGGAAAGCAAUCCCGUUCUGCUGGAAUCCAAGUCCUCCCCCAUCAACCUGCUGAACGAGAUGCAGCAGCUGCGGCUGCUGGGCCACUUGUGCGACGUCACGGUCAGCGUGGAGUACCAGGGCGUCCGCGCCGAGUUCCCGGCGCACAAGGCUGUGCUGGCCGCCACCAGCAAGUUCUUCAAGGAGGUUUUCCUCAACGAGAAACCCGUGGAUGGCCCCCGGAGCAACGUGUUCCUCAACGAGGUGCAGGUGGCGGAUUUCGCCUCCUUCCUGGAGUUCGUGUACACGGCGCGCGUGGAGGUGGAGGAGGACAGGGUGCAGCGCAUGCUAGAGAUUGCUGAGAAGCUCAAGUGCCUGGAUCUCUCUGAGACCUGCUUCCAGCUGAAGAAGCAGAUGCUGGAAUCCGUGCUGCUGGAGCUGCAGAACUUCUCGGAAUCGCAGAAUUCUGAGGAGGAAAGCCCCGCCCGCCCGAGCGCCGUGGCCCCGGCAGAGGCCGAGCAGGAGCCUCCGGACUCUUCCGUAGCCGCACCUGGCUGCGGAGCAUCUCCCGAGGGGCUGGCUGCCAAAUCCAAGGAGAAGAUGGACAAAAAGAAGGAGGCGCCGAAGGCUCCUUACGCCAAGAUCCGCAGGGCGAGCGGGCGGCUGGCUGGCAGGAAGGUGUUCGUGGAGAUCCCGAAGAAGAAAUACACCCGGAGGCUGCGGGAGCAGCAGCGGAACGCUGAGGAGGAAAAGCGGCCCGAGGGCGAGGAGGGAGAGCGGGAGCAGGAGGAGAACUCCGGCAAACCCGAGGGGCCCUCCCCGGAAAACCUCCCCAGAGGCGAGGAGGACAAGAAGAAGCGCGGCGGCGCCUUCAAGUGCGGCACGUGCCAGAAGGAGUUCCUGUACGAGAAGAGCUUCCUGAAGCACAUCCAGCAGAGCCACGGGAUCGCCUCGGCGCUGGAGUUCCGCUGCGAGACGUGCGCGCAGACCUUCGCCAACCGCUGCAACCUGCGCAGCCACCAGCGGCACGUGCACAGCAGCGAGCGCCGCUUCCCCUGCGAGCUGUGCGCCAAGCGCUUCAAGAGGAAGAAGGACGUCAAGAGGCACGUCCUGCAGGUGCACGAGGGCGGGGGGGAGCGCCACCAGUGCCACCAGUGCGGCAAGGGGCUUAGCUCCAGGACGGCCCUGCGGCUCCACGAGAGGACGCACACGGGACACAAGCCCUACGGCUGCCCCGAGUGCGAGGCCAAGUUCUCCCAGCCCUCGGCGCUGAAAACACACAUGAGGAUCCACACAGGGGAGAAGCCGUUUGUGUGUGAUGAGUGUGGGGCCCGCUUCACCCAGAACCACAUGCUCAUCUACCACAGGCGCUGCCACACAGGGGAAAGGCCUUUCAUGUGUGAAACCUGUGGGAAGAGCUUUGCCUCCAAGGAAUACUUGAAACACCACAACCGGAUCCACACAGGAUCCAAGCCCUUCAAGUGUGAGGUUUGCUUCCGGACCUUUGCCCAGCGGAAUUCCCUGUACCAGCACAUCAAAGUCCACACAGGGGAGCGGCCGUACUGCUGUGACCAGUGUGGGAAGCAGUUCACGCAGCUGAACGCGCUGCAGCGGCACCACCGCAUCCACACGGGCGAGAAGCCCUUCAUGUGCAAUGCCUGCGGCAGGACCUUCACCGACAAAUCCACGCUGCGCCGGCACACCUCGAUCCAUGAUAAAAACACCCCCUGGAAGUCCUUCCUCGUCAUCGUGGAAGGAGCCGCGAAGAAUGGCGAGGGGCACAAAACAGAGCUUCCCGACGAGGAAUAUGAGGUGUCCCCCAAAAUCCCGGAAAAGCUGCUCUCCUUCCCAGAGAACAGCCCCUACCAGAACCUGGCAGCAGUGCCGGGAAGCGGGAAUUCCAGCACAGACUGUAAGGCCUCCAGAGCACAGGAAUCCCUGCUGGGAGAACUUACCGUGCUCCACACGCAGACGGACUCUGGGCAGCCCCAGCUCCAUGCCCUGGUGAACAUGGAAUAAUUCGGGAUUGCCUCCCGCUCUUAGGCUGCACCCCUUGUACAGUCCUUGGCCUGGGGGAGGUGGGUGGUGGGAAGCUGGGAAGGAGUGGAUUUCCAGCUUUCCUCUGGAAAUCCCUUCCUCAGCUCCAUCUCCUGAUGGUCAGGCAGGAUGGCACCACACCAGGGAAUUUGUGGGAGUUGAUUCUCUGGGAAUUCAGGGGGUGGCUCAGGUACCUUGGUGGUACAGGUUUGUUUUGCAGGGAAUUCAAUGCCACAUGGACAAUCAGGGGAACCGAUGAUGCUCCAUGACAUUUGCUACGUGUUCCCCAGUGGAAUUUCAUCCAGGAAAAGUCUGGCUAAAUUUGCUUUUCAGGAAAUGUUGGUUUCUCUCUGCUUUUGCCAAAGAUCCCAAAGAGUGGGAGCAGCUUUGGAGUUUCAUUCCAGGAGUUUCGUGUCCCUGCACAGCAAAAAGGGGCAGGUGGGCAGCCAAAUGCUACUUACCUUGGUUUUACAAUUCCAUGGAAACUGGAGCAGCCUGGCACUUGGAUCCUGUCAGUUCUCACCUUCCAGCUCCUCCAGCUCCCAUGAAAUUGGGCACUUAGGAGACCAGAAUAUCUCCUACAAUAAAGUCUGGGAAAAGGAGCUGUGCUGGAAAAGUUUCACUUCAGAGGCUUUUCCUGCUCCAUUUUAGUGGAAUAGUAUUUGGGGAAUUUCCCCUGGGCAGGGAAGGAGCCUUGGAGUGUUGUCCAGCUGGGCUGACACCUGUUUUUUCGGAACCGCAACAACCCACUGCUAUGGUUUAAUGCUUCAAGCCUCGGGAUGGGCUUCCCAGUGUAAAAACCCACAGCUUUUCCCAUUCCUUCUCCCAUUUCUUUGCCUGCUCCUGUAGUAUUCCCCCAGCAGUUCCUCAGCUGAAGCUGUGAGCAGAACUUUGGGAAAGGUAAGCACAAUCCAGCCUGGCGAGAUCCAGCAAUAAAGACACCCCCUUCCCUGCUCCCCCCCAGCCUGUGGCACAGAGCUAUUUUUUGGGAUAAAGGGAUGGUGGCAUUCUCAUGGAAUUCUAAGCUAGAAAAAAGGGAUUUUUUUGUACCAGAGGACAUUUCUAAGAGGUUAUAUUUGAGAUAUUUAUUCCUGCUGGAGCUCAGUUAUUCCCAAUGUAAGGAAAGGGGUUGUAGAUAUAUUUAAAGGCUGAGCACUUGGAUCUGGAGCCGGGGAAUGUUUUAUACUCUGGGAAUAUGCAGAAGUGAGUUACUUGUUUGAGCUGUUCCUAUUAAACUGUGGAAUAUG